AUGCAGGAGCCAAGGAACACAGAUGGGCUGCAUGACCGCAUUGCAAAAGCUGUGCUCUCCCAGUAUGAUGGUCUACCCGGUCGUGCGAAGCCUCAAGGCCGAGCGUGGACAGUGCUUGCAGGCAUCGUUGCUGAAACACAUGGAGACUUGGAGGUCUUAGCCCUUGCCACCGGCACGCGCUGUAUUGGGGUAGCAGCCAUGGUGGCUGGCUGUGGACAGGUCGUGCAUGACUGCCAUGCUGAGGUCUUAUGCCGACGAGCCUUUCACCGUUUCCUGCUGGGUGAGAUGCUUUAUGUGAGCAAUGAUGGGCAGAAGGAGCAGAGGAGAUCAAGCAUACUUGAAAUGGUCCGCAGGGAGGAGCUUCUGUUUUCCCUCCGGAGCGAUGUCAAUUUGCACUUUUACGUCAGCGCACUACCCUGCGGAGAAUGUACGUUGGUGCCCUUACAGAGCAAGGAAGGGACUUUGGCCAGGAAGAUGACGGAGGAAAAGGAAGCCGCCCCUCUGAAUGAUCGCAACAGGCUUCUGACACAUCUUGUUCUGGGCUUGGGGUCAUUUGAGCACAUGAGUGAAACAGUGCAACACCGCCAACUGCUUGGCCAGGCAGAAGGAAAGGAGAAGGACACAGAGGCGAACAAGGAAGAAAGCAACGACACGAAUAAGAAUACCGAUGAUUCCAGUUCUGUGGUUGGCUCUUUGGCUCCAGCUCUGACGCCGCGAAGCCUCAAAGAAAGGCAACGUGUUGCAGCUUGGCCAAGGAGCACCAAGAUGCGUGCAAAGUUGAGAAGGAAAUUCAGCUGUUUGCAUCGAAUCAGACCAGAGUUCGCUGCCAUUUUGAACGACUCUACGCAUCCAGACGACAUGCAGAAAGCCUGUGAGGAGGUUCUGGUGUGCCGAGAGCGUGUUCUGUGGACAGCAGGAAUAGAGAUUGUUGUUGCUGCCGUGUCCUUUGUAGGAUUUGAUGUUCGACGCAGUCCCUUGGUGCCGUGUGUGAGCUCAUGCUUACUUCUGCUUGCCACCCUGGGAUAUCACGGCGCUUUAGUUCUUAGUCAGAUCGAGACCGUAGUGCACACGCUGCUCUCAACCUCGAUAGCGGCAGCCGUUUGUGUGAACUUCGUCAUAGAGACUUUUGCAGGGACUCUUGACAGCACCGCAACGAUGCCGCCUGUUUGGUUGUUGCUUCUGGCACUUGUUUUGCCUUAUUUCACAUUGCUGGGCCUAGCUGCGACCAGUGUGUUUUUGGGCAUCACAAUGCACGACUUGCGACAAAUGAACGAGGACAGCUCAAUCAGCAGCGAAGAGUUGGAGACGCAAGCAGAACUUGCGCGGGGGCAGGAUAUGUGUUGCGUUUGCGUGUCCGAACGCAAAGACGCAGCACUGGUUCCAUGUGGACACAAGGCAAUGUGCUACAGGUGUUCAUGCCAGGUCCAGUCACGUGGUCUUGCCUGUCCCGUUUGUCGGACCCCAAUAACUCGCGUCCUUCGUGUCUUUGACUGAUUUGGCACCUGCAUUGGCAAGGCAGUUGUGUCCGGUGCUCUUCAAUGCAAGUUACUGACCACAAACUCUCUUGUCAUUUGUCCCUGUGUGGCCAUCAUAUCAGUCACAAUAGUCACACCUACACACAUAUCAUGAAAUUAAGAUGAGAGAAUAUGAGAGACAAUCAAACCGAGUCCUGGCAAAGCUGCAGGACGCUGCAGGUGCGCGCUCAUCAAAGCAGUAUGAGCUGAGGGUAUUGCGAGACUGCGAGACCCGUGCUGCGC